AUGUGGAGCAAUAACACAACAACAAUAACAACAGAUAGAUCAUCAAUAGAAUCUUUGAUUGUUGCCUACUAUUCAUUAACUUUGAUUGUUUUGGGCACUUUAUUUAAUAUUAUAACAUUUAUUGUUCUCUGUCGAUCAACAUUUAGAGAUGCACGAGCAAAACCAACACUUCAUUAUAUGCGUGCAAUGGCAAUCUUUGAUAUAUUUAUGCUAUAUGGAUGGAAUCUCGAUCAUUAUCUCACAAUUGUACACAGAUUUCGUAUUCUGCACUAUUCUAUAAUAUCAUGCAGAUUUUUUUCUUUUAUUAGUUAUUUUGCUGCUCAGUCGUCAGCUUGGCUACGUGUCUUUGUUUGUCUUGAUCGAUAUUUAUCAUUGAGUUAUCUUCAUCGAACAUGGUUCGGUCAAUCGAAGAAUGUUCUCAUUAUCAUUGCAUCCAUUAUAGGCGUCCUUUUACUUCUUAAUUUUCAUUUUUUUCUCUUUGUCUGUCAUUAUCGAGCAGAUGGUACGAUUAAUGCUCUGUCUUGGCUGUAUAGUAUCUAUCCGUUAUGGGAUUAUGUCAAUUUUGGUGUUUAUAAUUGUGCACCAUUGGUAUUCAUGGUUGUAUUUAACAGUGGUGUUAUCUAUCAUUUGAUUUGUUUUACACGUACAACAAUCAUUAGAAAUUCUCGAAUUCGAUGUCGAGCAAUUUCAAUUACGUUAGUCAUUACAACAUUUCUAUUUUUACUAAUGACUGUACCGUCAACUAUAGCUUUUGCAUUUUUCUCCACAUCAGACAUUACUCUUUUGAGAUUCUUGGAUGGCCUGCUUUAUUCAUAUCAUAUACUAUCAUUUCCAUUAUAUUUGAUUACAUUGGAUGAAUUUCGACAAGAAUUUAUGACAAUGAUUACACACAAAAGAAAUAUUCGAAGAAUUGCACCCGAAAUCAGAAUUGUAGCCCCUUCAGUUGAACCACAGUAG